AUACAUUUUGAGCCUUUGAGUAUUGUGACAUAAAACAACAACUGUUACAGGCGCGAUUUGUUUCCUUUAUAGCUGCUUGUUCCACCAUUACUAGUAUGACGCAAGGAGGGACCGCGCUGCUUUGUCCACUAUCACCAUCGUACUCUUUACUUUUAUUCACGUUAUACUUUAAUUUUCACCAAUUUACGACAUUCAAAUGGUUUUUUGACUGGGCGAUAUGACGAAGGAUUCUGACCUUCUCAUUUAUGAUAUAGUAUUUCCACCAUUCUUGUUUGGUAGUUAUUCGUUUCGAUGAACCUUUUUUCAGAUUUGGUGCAAUAAUGCGAUCGCAGGCGGUAAUACAAGAGAACGAUAAUGAUUUUAUCAGCUAUCCCAAAAUUCGGGGCUUCUCAGAUCUUGCUUACGCGUUAUUGACUCUGAACUCUUUUCCAUUAGUUUUACUCUAUAUAAUUAUGAUACAGCUAUCGGGACAUUGGACCAGAAGAACGAAACCCAGAGAUCCGCGUCUUGUGAUGAUCAUUUACAAUUUUGCAUGCAGCAUUUUGAAUGGAGUGUGCGUGAUCCUUUUCUUCCUGGGAAUAUACUUGAAAGGUGAGCUCUUCACGAGGAAAACCAACUUGCCAACCAAAAUAGCCUUCAACAUUUACUAUUUCUCCAAAGUGUUUGAGCUACUCGACACAGUCUUUAUGGUCAUUCGACAUAAACGUAGACAAAUCACUUUUCUUCACGUGUUUCAUCAUGCCACUAUGGUUCUAUUGUGCAACUUUGGGGUUAUCACGGGGUACAGAAUAUCGUUCAGCUACCCAAUGGGUGUGAACUCUUUAAUACAUGUCUUCAUGUACGCCUAUUACGGACUGUCGGCUGCUGGAUCGCCCCUGGUUGCCUCCCAGGUUAUCAAGAAGAGACUUACCCAGAUGCAACUGGCCCAGUUCUAUACGGACCUGGUUCCUAUAACUUAUGGAUGGUAUUUGGGACAGUAUUGCAUCUACUCUUUGUUCUACGCUUUCUCGAUGAUUGCGUUGUUUAGUAAUUUCUACGUCAAAGCUUAUUGGAGAAAAGAGUUUAAAAAGAUUAACGGCGAAGGGAAAGAAGAAAAAGCUGACUGAAUUGAACUAUCUGUUGCCAAAACAAUAUAGAUCUGUUUACUUUCUGUAGUUUGCUCUAUGAAAACCAGAUUUGUAUAAACUGACAUUUCUCAAAUUAACAUAUAGUUUAAUCUUCCGUAAACAGUCUAGUUGGUCAAUUUACU